AUGGCGAUUCAGUUGAACCACUUGAAGACGGCAAUGAGUGUAUUGGUGAAGGAGAAAACUGAGAUGCAACAUCAGUUGAGAGAGGCACAUGAGACGGGUGAAAUGCGCGAACGGCAGAUUCAGUCAAUUCAGAGUGAAUUGGCAGACAGGAAUGGACGUUUGAUGAGGGCAGAGGCAGAGAUGGGUGCGGCGAGACACGAAAUCGAGAAAUUGAAU